AUGGCGGCAGCCUUAUGGUCAUGGGCCAGGCUACCACUUUACAUAGGUAGUGGUCUGACAGCAGUCGCCGGCAGUGCGCUGUAUUACUAUCAAAAUGAAAUCAUCUACCCGCGGAACCUACCACCAGGCGCUCGGACAGACGUACCCCGGCCGCCACAGUUCGGCAUACAAGACUAUGAGGAGCUCAUGCUGCCUACACCUGAUGGCGAGACUAUCAGUGCUUUUCUUAUCAAGCCCGAGAACAAAUCUACCGCCCGACCUGUGACCAUUAUUAAUUUCCACGGCAAUGCCGGCAAUGUUGGACAUCGCCUUCCUGUUGCCAAAGUGCUCGCAAACGAUCUAUCGUGCACCACUCUGAUGGUGGAAUAUCGGGGCUACGGUUUGUCCACCGGUUCACCGAGCGAGAAAGGCCUUGCCAUCGACGCACAAACCGCUCUCGACUACGUCAGGCAAAGGAAGGACCUUGAAGGCAACAAGAUCGUGGUCUAUGGCCAAUCCCUCGGCGGAGCAGUAAGCAUCGAUCUCGUGGCCAAGAACAAGGGCACUGGCGAUAUCAAAGGCUUGGUCCUGGAGAACACAUUCUUAUCUAUUGCGAAGAUGAUCCCCAGUGUCAUGCCUAUUGCUCGCUACCUCACGCCACUUUGCCAUGAGUAUUGGAGAUCUGAGGACAUGAUUCCCCAAAUCACUGAUAUACCCAUCCUGCUGAUCAGCGGACUGCGAGAUGAGAUUGUGCCACCAGCACAUAUGAAGCAACUCUUCAAGCUCUGCAAAUCGAAGACGGUGGUAUGGAAGGAGCUUCCGAACGGCGAUCACAACAAUUCCGUUGCCGAGCAAGGAUACUUCUACUUCAUCGAGGACUUCAUCAGGCAGCAUGUGGCACGAUGA